AUGAUAGUAUUUAUAGAUCAGUUUUCUUUUAAGGAGUAUCCUGCCCCUGAUGUUGACUCUCCAAUAGUUGUGACAAAGAAUUAUCAGCAUGUGUUAGCCUUGGUAUUUGCAGUAACUGAGAUCAAUGAAAAUCAACAUUUCUUGCCUAAUAUUUCCUUGGGUUUCCACAUCUCAGAGAGCUAUUUCAGUGCCAGGAGAUACUAUCACAUUGCCCUAGAUUUUUUCUCUGCAACGCAUACACUAAUUCCUAAUUAUAAGUGCAAUAAUCAGAGCAGUCUGAUUGCAGUUAUCGGGGGAUUGGGCACAGAUACUUCCCGACAUUUGGCUGCCAUUAUGAACAUCUAUAAGUUACCUCAGCUCCAUCACAUACUAAAGAACUUCUCAUUUAACAACACAGCUGGAGAACUCAUUCACUUGAAUGAGUAUGGAGAAUUUACUGUUGGGUUUGAUAUUACAAAUGUCAUAACUUUUCCUAAUAAAUCAUUUACUAGAAUAAAAGUUGGAAAAAUGAAUCCCUGGACAGGUCAAGGUACAGAGUUCAGUGUCAGUGAGGAUUCUAUCAUCUGGCCUAGCAACUUUAAUCAGGUAAUACCCCUUUCUCUCUGCAAUGUCAUCUGCCCUCCUGGUUGUCAUAAGAAAAAGAAAGAAGGGAAGCCAUUUUGCUGCUAUGAUUGUGUUCGAUGUUCAGAAGGAAAGGUUUCUCCUCAAGCAGACAUGGAAGCCUGCAACUCCUGUCAAGAAGAUCAUUAUCCUAACAAGGAACAAAAUCAAUGCAUCCCUAAAAUGUUUUCCUUCUUGUCUUAUGAGGAACCCUUGGGAAUGGCGUUAGCUAUUUCUUCAUAUUUCUUUUUUUUCAUCACAGUUUGGAUAUUAUGGAUUUUUAUAAAGUAUCGCAACACUCCUAUUAUCAAAGCCAACAACAGGAGCCUCACUUACACCAUCCUUGUUUUCCUUCUCCUCUGCUUCCUGUCUUCAUCACUCUUCAUUGGCCAACCCCAGAAGUUGACUUGUCUCUUCCGCCAAAUGGCUUUUGGAAUCAUCUUUUCAGUGGCUGUUUCAUGUGUGCUAGCAAAAAAUGUUACUGUCAUUGUGGCCUUCCUUGCCACCCAACCAGGAUCUAGAAUGAGAAAGUGGAUGGGAAAAAAACUAGCCAAUGCUAUAAUUCUAUUCUGUUUUUCUAUUCAAGCAGCUAUAUGCUUUAUCUGGUUGGCUACUACUCCCCCUUUUCCUGAUUUUGAUAUGCACUCAAUGGCUGAAGAAAUUGUGUUAGAGUGUAAUGACGGGUCAACUGCCAUUUUCUAUUGUGUCCUAGGUUACAUGGGCUUCCUGGCUUUUGUGAGCUUCCUUGUGGCUUUCUUAGCAAGGAAGUUACCUGACAGUUUCAAUGAAGCCAAGUUCAUCACCUUCAGCAUGUUGGUCUUUUGCAGUGUUUGGAUAUCCUUUAUUCCUACAUACUUGAGCACUAAGGGAAAAUACAUGGUGGUAGUAAAAAUCUUCUCUAUGUUGGCUUCUACCACUGGACUUCUGGCUUUCAUCUUUUUCCCCAAAUGCUACAUUAUUUUGCUGAGGCCAGAACUAAACAAAAGAGACGCAAUAAUAAAGCGAAAAAGAUAA